AUGGGACCAUCUGGAUGUGGUAAAACAACUCUAUUAAAUCUUCUCGGAAAUAGAGUAAAUAGUAAAAAUGUUGAAGGGACAAUACUUAUGAAUGGUCAUAAACCUACAAAAGAUUCAAAACGAUUUGUGUCUUAUUGUACACAACAUGAUAUAUUCUUUCCUCAAUUGACAGUACGAGAGACUUUAAAAUAUACCGCUUUAUUGCGUCUUCCACGUAUAAUGUCAAAACGUGACAAAUUAAAGCAAGUUGAAAAUGUGAUUCAACUAUUGAAUCUGUCUAAAUGUUCAAACACACUGAUUGGAAAUAGUGGAUCUGGAGGUAUUUCAGGCGGUGAAAGAAAACGUGUUAGUAUUGCAAGCGAAUUGUUAACGGAUCCUAGCAUUAUAUUAUUGGAUGAACCGACCUCGGGACUUGAUUCUUCGUUGGCUUUAGAACUCACAAACAUUUUAAAAACUUUUGCAUUAAAACAUUCUAAAACAAUCAUUAUGGUUAUUCAUCAACCAUCCUCACAAGUAUUUGAGCUUUUGGAUAAAUUACUACUAAUGGCCGAUGGUCGCAUGGUAUAUUUUGACGACCAAAAGAAAAUAGUAGAUUAUCUUGCGAACGAAGGAUUCAAAUGUCAGUCUAAUUUCAAUCCUGCCGAUUAUAUAUUGGAAUUAUUAAACGACGAUAAAAGUAAAAAAAAAUUAAUAAAGUCUUAUGCCGAAAAAAUAAGUAACGAUCCACAAGGAAAAGAAAAAGAAAAUCAAAUUUUCUCAUCAACAAUAGUUACAAUUCCAUCAAAUAAACGAAUAACAGUUGAAUAUCGCUGGGAGGCUACAUUUUCACAACAGAUAAAGAUAUUAGCAGAAAGAUCUUUUAAACAACAAAAAGGUGUAAUUUUGUCAAAAAUUAAUGUUAUACAAACAAUUGUUUUGGGAAUUGUUGUUAUUUUAGUUUGGUUACGAAUACCUUUUGAAGAACAAAACCUUAGUGAUAGAUAUGGUUUGAAGUCAAGUUGGUUAUGGAAAGAUGAUCCAUUAUUGUGGUGA